AACUCCGCGAAGUAUAAACAAGAACAAACUUCACACUUCCAUUUUUCCAGUCGUCAAGCCUUCGCCUUCAAUCUACUCCUCUUCCCUCCGUCGCUCUAUUAGCUACAGAUCUGGUGAAUUAUCAGGAGUUGUUGGGAAUCAUUAAUUUUGCUUAAUCAGUGACUGUUUGGUUGAAUUUGAGAGCAACAAGAUGGUUGUACUCGCGGCUUCGAUUAUAAGCAAAUCUGGCAAAGCACUUGUUUCAAGGCAGUUUGUUGAUAUGUCUCGUAUAAGGAUUGAGGGAUACCUUGCAGCUUUUCCUAAAUUGGUUGGAAUAGGCAAACAGCAUACUUACGUCGAGACUGAAAAUGUUCGUUAUGUUUAUCAGCCAAUUGAGACUCUAUACUUGCUUCUUAUUACAACUAAACAGAGCAACAUUCUUGAAGAUUUGGAGACACUGAGGCUACUCUCAAAGCUCGUGCCUGAAUACUCUUAUUCCCUAGACGAAGAGGGCAUUGGCAGAAUGGCAUUUGAGAUUCUUUUUGCAUUUGAUGAAGUUAUUUCACUUGGGCAAAAAGAAAAUCUCACUGUCGCACAAGUUAAACAGUACUGUGAGAUGGAAAGUCACGAAGAGAGAUUGCACAAGUUGGUCUUACAAAGUAAGAUCAAUGAAACCAAGGAUGUCAUGAAGCGCAAGGCUAAUGAAAUUGACAAAAGCAGGAUCGAGAAGAAUAGGGGUGAGAAAGGAGGAUUUAUGUCUCUGCAAUCGAUGGGUUCUGGAAGAAUUGAUACUGGGUUUGGCAGUGAUUCCAGCAUAUCUAGUAAUACUGGUGGUUUUGGAAGUGGUACAGGCUUUGGACUGAACACUGAAGCGGAUUCUUUCUCCACUAAGCCAAAAGGUCGUCCACAAGCAUCUGCUUCAGCUCCACCCAAGGGUCUUGGUAUGCAGCUAGGGAAAAACCAGAAGACCAACCAAUUUUUGGAAUCUCUCAAAGCUGAAGGCGAAGUUAUUGUUGAAGAUGUGAGACCAAGUGUCGGUCAGUCCAAACCAGCUGCAGCACUACCAAGUGAUCCAGUUACCUUAACUGUUGAAGAAAAGCUUAACAUAACUCUAAAACAGGAUGGUGGUAUUGGGAACUUUGAUUUGCAGGGUACCUUGGCACUCCAUAUACUUAGCCACAGUGACGGGCUUAUCCAAGUUCAGAUUGAAACUGGUGGUAAUCCAGGAAUUCAAUAUAGAACGCACCCCAACAUGAACAAGGAAUUGUUUUCUGGUGAGAAUAUUUUGGGCCUCAAGGAUCCGAAUCGGCCAUUUCCGAUUGGUGCGGCAGGUGAUGGUGUUAGUCUCUUGAAGUGGAGAAUGCAAAGUGCAGAUGAGUCGCUUGUGCCAUUAUCAAUUAACUGCUGGCCUUCUGUUUCGGGGAAUGAGACGUAUGUGAACAUGGAAUAUGAAUCUUCACCAAUGUUUGAUCUGCAAAAUGUUGUGAUUUCAAUUCCUCUUCCGGCUCUUAGGGAGGCGCCAAAAGUACAACAGAUUGAUGGGGAUUGGAAAUAUGAUCCCAGAAAGUCAAUCUUGGAGUGGUCAAUUGUACUCAUUGAUAACUCAAACCGCAGUGGAUCUAUGGAAUUCGUUAUUCCUGCAGUGGAUACAUCCGAUCUUUUCCCGAUUUCUGUGCGUUUUACUUCUACAAGCACUUUCAGUGAUCUAAAGGUUGUUAAUAUUUUGCCCCUGAAAGGUGGUAAUCCCCCCAAGUAUGCCCAGAGAACACUGCUAUCAGCUGAAAAUUACCAAGUUGUCUGAUUAUUGUUCUGGGAAUUGGAAUUUCUUCCAUUUCGGCUUACCCUUUUUAUUUGAUGACCCCCGAAAAAGUUAUUACAGGUUUUGUGAUUAUGUUAUACAAUGAUUUUGUAAUUGUUCUUUUUUUGUUCUUUUCCGAAGUCGAGCAGAAUAUCGGAGUUCUUUUGUUAGAGAUGUUUCAAAUUAUGUCAUGAUAUUUUACAUAUUGCUUGUGUGAGAUAGGCCAAUUAUAUGCCAAUGAGCCCUCACUAUUCGAAAAUCUACUCUUUAAGGUGA